GGGUAAAGUACAGCUCUUCCUGCUGAAGUGCAGCUUUUUACACCUCGAGCUUAAUGUAGUUAACAAUAAUGUACUAGAUUUUUAAAGUUCGUCGCGACGAACGUUGAUGUUGGUUUGACGAAGCAAGUAGUUGUAAUGUCCGAUGCUUUUUGGACAUGGAUGGAGAGAUUGGAUGGCGAUAUAUUUGGUGGAGAGCAGACAGAUAGGGUCCCGAUUCUUCUGGAGGCGAGUGGAUCGAUAGGGUGCCAAUACUUUUGGAGAUGUGUGUCCCAGAGGUGGCAGCGAGGUGGGAACGCCUCAAACUCCUGCACGGUUCUGUCUUUGCUUGGUGCUCCAUGUGCCUUCAUGGGUUCUUUGGCUGCAGGACCAAUCGCUGACUUCAUCGUGGGGGAUUUUAGCCGGCGUGGUGUGGAUAUUUCUGCUGUAGCGUGGCAGCCGCGUGGCGAGACGCCGUGUGCGUGUUGUAUUGUUUGUCAAAUGUCGGGUUCUCGCACCGUGGUUCUCUACGACACAAAUCUUCCAGAUGUUUGUGCAGCUGAUUUCUCGAAGCUGGAUCUCAGUCGCUUUCAGUGGAUUCACUUUGAGGGUCGUAACGCUGAUGAACAGGUGAAGAUGAUCCAGCAGGUGAGAAGCUACAAUGCCACACAGGAGGAGAAGAAUAGGAUCACCGUCUCUGUGGAGAUUGAGAAAACUCGUCCGUCAAUCUAUCAGCUCUUCUCUCACGGAGACGUGGUGUUUGUGAGUAAAGAUGUGGCGAUGCAUUUCGGCUAUCAGUCUGCGUCCAGUGCACUGAGGGGGUUUUACAGCCGUGUGAAAAACGGGGCCUCACUGAUCUGCGCCUGGGCGGAGAAGGGUGCCGAUGCCAUGGAUCCGGACGGUACGGUUCUGCACUCUGACGCUUUUCCUCCUGAGAACCUGGUGGACACGCUCGGAGCCGGAGACACCUUUAAUGCUGCAGUCAUUCACAGCCUGGCCAGCGGAGGCUCGUUACAGGAAGCGCUCACAUUUGGCUGCCAGAUUGCGGGAAAGAAAUGCGGCGUUCACGGCUAUGACGGGAUUGCUGAGCGAAAACAGAGCUGAAGACGCAGAUGCUCAGGAAAAUCACAUGUGCUUUAAACCCCACGCUCCUGCUGAUGUCGGAGAAAAAUUAUAUACCUAGCUCUGAAUUAUAUACCUAGCUUUAAUUAGCUUAAGAAUAAUGUACUAAUGUAAUGAUUUAGCAAUAUUCUGCCUAAAAGUAGUGUGUAUCUGUCAAGAUUAUUUAGCUAUUGAUUAAGUAGCUGGCUUUGAUUAAAACAAGUCUAUAAUAAUCAAGUAUAACCUUUAUGAUAAUCAUGAAUAGCCUUUAUAAUAAUCAUGCAGAAUUAUUAAUAGUAGCAUGCUAGCGUAAUAACCACACUGAAACUGGAAAUAGAAAAGAGAAAAGGUUUAUUGAAACAUCAGUAGUUAAAGCUCAGUCAGCCUAUCUAAUGGGAUCAGUGGAACCAGAGGGUCAGUAGUAGAAGAAGGAACUUCAGGCUCCUGGGGAGAAGUAGGAGAGUAGUCAGUGUGAGAAACUGGAGGUGAAUAGACAGGAGAAGAAGGAGUACUGUAAGGCAACUGCAUGAAGCCAGGAGAAGUUGGGGGAAUGUCAGGAGAGAGGUGAAGAGGUGUCAGAGAAAGAACCAUCAGAAGAGAUCUCAAUAGGGAAGUCCUCAGUCUGGACGCCUUGAGAGGUGGUGCAUGUCCAAUGCCAGUAGAAGGUCUGAGUAAACUGAUCACAGGUUUUGGGGUGAAAUUGGGUGCUCUGAUCAAGACAGAUGGUAUCUCUAACGAUAUGGUGAGCGAGGUGAGGAGACUCAGGAAUAGAGGGUUCAGAUAGGUGUUCCAGGAAACCAGUAAGCUCAAUGGCCAGGCAAGACAGCUGAUACUGGCAAUAGCAUCGCAGAGCACCCCUGGGACUUCUCCGGAAGAUAGCACAGAGGGCUGACUGAGCUAGAAGGAAGAAUAGGAAAUGAGAAGAGAUGAGUGAAGUGCAUAUCGCGUGACUAUGUAAUCAGCAAGAGAGAACAUGCACUAAGGCAAGAGGAAAACAGUGUGGGGAGUAGGCCAGGUUUCUGUGACAUGACAGUGGUAAGCGGCUAGGGGAGACAAUAGCAUUGGAAUACCAGUAACCAACAGCAAUGAAAAGAGGGAAGGAUACGAGGCAGCAUAAUGGCAAGGCUUAUUUAAAACAAAAAUUAAAAAUAGAACAUCUAACUUAGAUCAAGCAGGUAUAGAAAAGUCAGAAUGACAUAGAGGAAAAGAUCAGGAUACUUACACAUUGUUGUGGAGGGCAGCAUGCCAGGUCAAGAUGACCCGAGGAAGCAACUACUUGGGAGGUGGAGGUCAAAUGAAGUCGAUAAGGAAGCAGCGCGUAUAAGUAAGCGCUAUUUUUUUCAAAAAAUUGUUGACUUAGCCUAAAAAUAAGUGGAACUGGAGAGGAGGAAAAUUGACAUCACCAAGGGGAGGAUGGUAUUAAUUUAGGGGCGGUAUCGGGACAAAUAAGAAAAUAGUGGGAAAUGUUAAAACGUAUGUAAAUUAAGGAAAGAGGGAUUAAAGUAGCCAUACACUGAAUAUAAUGGGAAAUUGCUGGAAAUAUUUAAAUUAGAGAAAAGGAGGCACCAUGGGGCACCUGGGGUAUAAGUAGAGGGGAAUUUUUCAGGGUUUUCAGACCAGCUGCUCUCUUCAGAAAUGCAUGUUGUUGACUGCAUGGCUGAAUAAAGAAACCUGCUUCUUCUCA